UAAAGUUAGCUUAAGUAUCACUUUCAUUUUCAGUUGAUCUCGUUGUGACAGACUAGGCUAGUUCGUUAGCGAUUCACUUUCAACUAUGGCGCUUAUGGACGUAUGUUUGUCACCUGAGCUGAAACAAUCAUGUUCUUCUCCUAACGCUUGGCAAUCUGAGCCGACCACCUGUGGUCCGAGUCAUUACACGUUCGGACUGAACUGCAACGAACUGGCCGUCCCGACUGGAAUGGACCCGGAGCAGUUUCUCGGGCCACUCACAGAGGGAGAUUCGGACAUAAAAAUUGAAUUCCUUCAUGGCACUACCACGUUAGCUUUCAAAUUUCAGCAUGGAGUGAUGGUGGCUGUGGACUCAAGAGCAUCUGCAGGGUCUUACAUAGACACAAAGACAUUCAACAAGGUAAUCGAGAUCAACCCGUAUCUCCUUGGGACAAUGUCUGGCAAUGCAGCAGACUGUGUAUAUUGGGAGAGAAGACUGGCCAAAGAGUGCAGGAUUUACAAGCUUAGAAACAAGACACGAAUUAGUGUGGCCGCAGCCUCCAAGCUUCUAGCCAACAUGGUGGCUGAAUAUCGAGGCAUGGGCCUCUCCAUGGGCACUAUGGUUUGUGGCUGGGACCAGAGAGGUCCAGGUCUAUUUUAUGUGAGCAGCAGUGGCACAAGGUUAGCAGGAGAUAUGUUCUCCACAGGCUCGGGGUCUAACUAUGCCUAUGGUGUAAUGGACUCAGGGCAUAGGUGGGACCUGAGUGUACCCGAGGCCUACGACUUGGCAGAGAGAGCCAUUUAUCAUGCCACACACCGUGAUGCCUAUUCUGGAGGGGUGGUCAACAUGUACCACAUGCAAAAAGAUGGCUGGAUCAAAGUUUCCCAGAAUGAUGUUGGUGAUCUUCAUCAUAGAUAUGUUUCUGAGCGGAAGUAACAGGCUUAUAGGUCAGAGCUGUCACUGAAUAAUGUUAUCACAAGCAAUUUUUUUAAAAACUAGAGACUAGUUUCCAUUAGUACUGACAGGUAGUUGGUUACAGAAGAUGAAAAUAUCAGUAAUAAACAAUGUGUUUAAAUGCCAUUACUGUAAGUAGUAUGAAAUAAAUCAUUGUGAAAACAA